AUGUCGUCCUCAGCCCCCCUCACGACGCUCUCGCUGCCGUCCCUCGAGAGGAUCGCUUCCGGCAAGGUGCGCGACCUCUUCGCGCUGCCCGACGACCCGACCUCGCUGCUCUUCGUCGCGACAGACCGCAUCUCGGCCUACGACGUCAUCCUCCAGAACGGCAUCCCCAACAAGGGCGCCGUGCUGACGCUGCUGUCGCAGUUCUGGUUCGGGCUCCUCGCCGAGCGCGUGCCCGGCCUGCGCACGCACUUCCUGUCGCUCGGCGCCCCGGCGUCGCUGCCGCUGACGCCCGCCGAGCGCGCGCUGACCGCCCACCGCGCCAUGCGCGUGCGCCGCCUCAAGGUGUUCCCCGUCGAGGCCAUCGUGCGCGGCUACCUCGCCGGGUCGGGCUACGCCGAGUACGCCAGGAGCUCGACGGUGCACGGCAUCCCGCUGCCCGCCGGGCUGCGCCGCUGCGAGAAGCUGCCGACGCCCCUCUACACGCCCUCGACCAAGGCCGACCAGGGCCAGCACGACGAGAACAUCCACCCCGACGCCGCCGCCGCCCUCGUCGGCGCCGCCUACGCCCCGCGCAUCGAGCGCCUCGCCCUCGCCCUCUACACCGCCGCCGCCGAGUACGCCCUCGCGCGCGGCGUCAUCAUCGCCGACACGAAAUUCGAGUUUGGCCUCGACGAGGCCACCGACGACAUUGUCCUCGUCGACGAGACCCUGACCCCCGACAGCUCGCGCUUCUGGCCCGCCGACCGCUACGAGGUCGGCCGCGAGCAGGAGAGCUUCGACAAGCAGUUUGUCCGCGACUGGCUCGUGUCGCGCGGCCUCAAGGGCGUCGACGGCGUCGCCGUCCCCGACGACGUCGCCGCCCGCACGGCCGACAAGUACCGCGAGAUCUUUGAAAAGCUCACCGGCGAGCCCUUUGAGGCCGCCGUCGCUCGCGUCGGCGCCGCGUAG